AUGGUGACUACGCGCUCCAAGGCCAACGGGGCCAUGACCGCCACUCCCAAUGGCAAAUCGACGGCCGUGACGAAGCGCAAGAGCGACGACACUCUAGUCACGGAGGAACCAAAGCGACCGAAGCUCGCUGACAAGACCGACAUCACGCGGUGGCGCUGCCUGGACGAGGACGGCCGUCUCACCUGGAGGUACCUGGAGGACGACAAGGCCGCCGCCGCCUGGCCGCAGAGCUACGCCGACAAGUGGUAUCUGGGACUCGACCUUGGCCUCCCCGAUCUGCCCAAGCCAAAGAAGCCCCUCGAUGCCGUGCGGAAUGGCCUGACCUUCUUCGAGAAGCUCCAACUGCCCUCGGGAGAGUGGGGGAGCGAGUAUGGCGGACCGAUGUUCCUGCUUCCCGGCGUCGUCUUUGCCUGGUACAUCACCAAGACGCCGAUUCCCUGGUACAAGGCGACCGAGAUCAAGAACUACCUGAAGGCGCGUGCGCAUCCCGAAGACGGCGGCUGGGGUCUGCACAUCGAAGGGGAGAGCACCGUCUUUGGUACAUCCAUGAACUACGUGGUGCUGCGUCUGGUCGGCGUCGAUCCAGACGAGCCCUUCAUGGUCAAGGCACGAGCGACCCUACACAAGCUGGGCGGCGCCACCCAUGCGCCGCACUGGGCCAAGUUCUGGCUGAGCGUCCUGGGCGUCAGCAAGUGGGCUAUCGUCAACCCCGUUCCGCCCGAGAUAUGGCUCCUGCCUGACUGGGUGCCUGUUGCGCCUUGGCGAUGGUGGAUUCACAUCCGACAGGUCUUCUUGUCCAUGAGCUACAUCUACUCCAAGCAGUGGACGUGCGAGGAGACGGACGUGAUUCGGGAACUGCGACAGGAGCUGUUCGUCGAGGAGUGGGACAAGAUCGACUGGAAUGGGCACCGAAACUCAAUCGCCUCCAUCGACAACUACCACCCCAAGUCAUGGCUGCUCAACACGGCCAACUGGUUCCUUGUCAACAUUUGGAACCCCUACCUCCGAACCAAGUCUCUGGCCGAGAAAGCCGAAGCAUGGGUGAGCAAGUUGGUGGAUAUGGAAGACGAGAACACCGAUUUUGCCGAUCUUGCGCCCGUCAAUGCGGCCAUGAACACCGUCGUAUGCUACAUUCGCGAUGGGCCAGGAGCUUACACAGUACGGAGACACGUCGACCGACUGGAAGACGCGCUAUGGGUGAAGAACGAGGGCAUGAUGUGCAAUGGCACCAACGGCGUGCAGAACUGGGAUACUGCCUUCGCUAUUCAGGCCGUUAUGGACGCUGGCUUAACCGAGGACCCCCGCUGGAGACCCAUGUUGAUCAAGGCAUUGGAGUUUCUGGACAGCCAGCAGAUUCGCGAGAACUGCAAAGACCAAGACAUCUGCUACCGCCAGCAACGAAAGGGCGCCUGGGCGUUCAGCAACAAGGUCCAAGGCUACGCCGUCAGCGACUGUGUAUCGGAAGCACUCAAGUCGGUCAUCCUACUACAAAAGACACCGGGAUUCCCACAGCUGCUGGAUGAUCAAAGAAUCUUCGACGCCAUUGACACGCUCCUGACCUACCAGAAUGCAUCAGGGGCUUGCUCUUCGUACGAGCCGACGCGGGGGAGCGAACUUCUGGAGAUGCUCAACGCGGCCGAGGUGUUUGGCAAGAUCAUGGUUGAGUACGACUACGUCGAGUGCUCCACCGCGGUGAUCACCGCACUGUCGCUCUUCAACAAGUACUGGCCAGAGUACCGGGCAGAUGACAUUAAGAAGUUCAAGGCCAGAGUUCUGGCCUUCAUCAAGAAGGCACAGUUCCCCCACGGCGGCUGGUACGGAAACUGGGGCAUCUGCUUCACCUACGCCACCAUGUUUGCCCUUGAGAGUCUGUCGAGUGUGGGCGAGACGUACAGCACCAGCUCGCACUCCAAGAAGGCCUGUGAUUUCUUGAUUUCCAAGCAGAGGGCAGACGGAGGAUGGUCAGAAAGCUACCGAUCAUGCGAACGAAGCGUAUACACCGAGCACACCUCAGGCUCGCAGGUGGUCAUGACGGCCUGGGCCCUGAUCGGCCUGAUGCAUGCCGAAUACCCCGACAUUGAACCGCUCCGGAAGGGCAUCAAGCUGAUCAUGGACAGACAGCAGGCGAACGGGGAGUGGCUGCCGGAGGCCAUCGAGGGCGUCUUCAACAAGAGCUGCAUGAUCACGUACAUGAACUACAAGUUCACCUUUCCGAUCAAGGCGCUGGGCAUGUUUGCAUCCAAGUACCCCGAAGAGACGGUGGUGUAA